AUGCCGGGAUUCACGGAGUUUGAACUUGGUCACCGUGACCAAGUGAAUGCUAUUAAGUUUAAUUAUUACGGCAACCGCAUUCUCACAGCUUCCUCCGAUCACCGCAUCAAAGUCUGGGACCAGACAGAAUCCGGUUGGGAGGUCGUGGAUACAUGGCGGGCCCAUGAUGCGGAGAUCAUUGAUGCUGCAUGGAACGGCCCCUUUGCAGGCCAGCAUAUCGGAACAAUAGGCGAGGACAUGAAGUUCAAGCUCUGGCAAGAAGAUAUUACACAACUUCCUAAUUCUGGUCGCCGAUUUCGAAAUAUCUUUCGCCUAACAUCUCCUAUCAGAACUCCCUACGUCGCUUUGGACUUUCGCAACAUCGACCUUGAUUCAUGGCUCGCAGUGAUUACUCGCGAUGGUCUUCUUACGGUUCUCGAGCCAAGCGGUAGCGAUAAUUUGGCCGAAUGGCAACAAAUUGACCAGUUCAGAGUCUGUACAGAACCCCACCGCGGCGAGGAAACAAGCUUCAGAGUCAAAUUCCAUCACGACCCGGCCGACAUAACACAUAUAGUUGUGCCGUCCUGGGAUAGUAAAAGUUUGUCUAUGGUUGUUGCAGCGAUGGACACCGUUAAAAUCUAUCGUAUGGGAGCGGAUCGGCAAUUUUACCAUGCGAUUGAAUUAACAGGACACACCUCUAUGGUGCGUGAUAUUUCGUGGGCGCGUGGUUCUGUUAGAGGGUACGAUCUCAUCGCAAGUGGCUCCAAGGACGGUACAAUCAAGAUAUUUGAGGUUUAUACAACGACGCAGGGGAACAAUUGUGUUACGAACGGGAAUAGCGACGCACCUCUGCCAGAAACGGCACCGUCUGUAUCACCAGCCCGGCCCGCAACCCACUCCGGAAUCGGUUCUGCGCUAGCUAGUCGCGCAAGUGGGCCAAUUUCAGAUAAACAACGGUAUGGAAAGAGUGUUUUUAAGCAUACAUUUACCGAAGUUACUUCGAUUGACAGCAAGCAUACUUGUGUGUGGCAAGUCGACUUCUCUUAUGCUGGAGAUUGCCUCAUGUCGUCCGGCGAUGAUGGUACAGCACGCUUCUGGAAACGCGCCGUUUCCGGAAAGUGGCUCGAAUUUGCCGAAACCGACACGACAACAGAAGAGUCGUAA